CCCACUCGUGCACGCGCACUUCUGCCGUGACGCACACAUUCCGCGACAGUCCAGCUGAAGGCAUCAUGGCGGCUCCUAAUGAGAAGAAGCGUGGUCUUGAACAUUUGGACGAAUAUGAACCAAAACCAGCCAAACAUCUCCGCAGCCUGCACGACCGUAUGGCAGAGAGGAGACUAGUUGUUAUUCUGGAGGGAGCAUCGUUAGAAACAGUGAAGGUCGGAAAAACCUUUGAGCUGUUAAACUGUGACCAACACAAAAAUAUGAUCGUCAAAAGUGGAAGGAAUCCGGGACAUAUAAGACCAGACAUCACACAUCAGUGUCUGCUCAUGUUGAUGGACAGUCCACUGAACAGGGCAGGCCUUUUACAGGUUUACAUCCACACAGAGAAAAAUGCCUUAAUAGAGAUCAACCCACAGACCCGCAUCCCAAGAACCUUCACUCGCUUCUGUGGCCUUAUGGUUCAGCUGCUGCACAAGCUGAGUGUCAGGGCUGCUGAUGGUCCUCAGAAGCUUCUGAGGAUGAUUAAAAACCCAGUGUCUGACCACCUGCCUCCUGGCUGCCCCCGCAUAUCCACCUCCUUCUCUGCUGCCGGAGAGGCUGUCUGUCCUCGGUCUUUGGUGCCAGAAGGGCCAGCUGCAGUGGUGGUUGGAGCAUUUGCACAUGGAGCGGUGAAUGUGGACUACACAGAGAAGACGGUGUCCAUCAGUAACUACCCCCUCUCUGCGGCACUGACCUGUGCCAAGAUGUGCUCUGCUUUCGAGGAAGUGUGGGGUGUCGUGUGACAAACAGUCAAUAAACUACUGCUGUUCACCUGGCAGAGACAGAGUACAUGGACUUGUUUUAAUGGACUAGGAAUGGAUAUGAUGUCCAUUUCACCAGUGAUGCUGCGUGGACUACAGACAUGUAUCCCGUUAUACACUGUAUGUGUAUACUUGUAUGAUGGUGUUUGGCCACCAUGUGGAAUAUACAUAGGUUUCUGUACCCAGUGUUUCCUUUUCAUGUAGAAGCAUGGUUGUUUUUUAUACCAUUAUCAAUUGCACCAAUUACUGAGUUUUGGAUUAUCAAUCAGUACAGUUACAUUAAAAUAUCUGAC